GUGCCCGUCGGUCAGCGCGCGGCUCCGCCCCCCGGGGAGAGACUUAAAGGGCCGGUUAGCUCAGCAGCAGCGGCGGUGGGAUGCCCCCUCCUUGACCACCAUUCCAGACCCGCGCCGUCCCGCGUAGCCGCGCCCGGCCCGACCCCGCGCCAACAUGUAAACGGCUCCUGCAGGCAGACGCUGGCUUCUCCGCCCGGGACCCUCCGCCCCGCCCCGGGCCCGGAGCCCUCGAUGAGGACACACCAUGCUGACCGGGGUGACCGAUGGGAUCUUCUGCUGCCUACUGGGUGCACCACCCAAUGCAGUGGGGCCACUGGAGAGCGUCGAGUCCAGCGAUGGCUACACCUUCGUGGAGGUCAAGCCUGGCCGCGUGCUGCGGGUGAAGCACGCUGGACCUGCUCCAGCUCCAACCCCACCUCCACCGCUACCUGAUACAGCCCAGGGGGACCGGUCCGGCUUGGUCCGGUGCCAGCGCCGAAUCACCGUGUACCGUAACGGGAGGUUACUGGUGGAGAACCUGGGCCGGGCACCAAGAGCUGACCUCCUGCUUGGGCAGAAUGGCUCCGGGGAGCCUCCGGCCUCUCUAGAGGUGGAGCUGGCAGACCCGUCAGGCAGCGAUGGCCGUUCGGGCCCGGCCAAUGCUGGGAGUGGCAGUGGCGGGCGACGGCGGCGAGCCCGGCGCCCCAAGAGGACCAUCCACAUUGACUGUGAGAAGCGGAUCACCAGCUGCAAGGGCACACAGGCCGAUGUGGUGCUCUUUUUCAUCCAUGGUGUUGGCGGCUCCCUGGCCAUCUGGAAGGAGCAACUAGACUUCUUUGUGCGCCUGGGCUAUGAGGUGGUGGCUCCGGAUCUGGCCGGUCAUGGGGCCAGCUCGGCGCCCCAGGUGGCUGCAGCCUAUACCUUCUAUGCGCUGGCAGAGGACAUGCGUGCCAUCUUCAAGCGCUAUGCCAAGAAGCGAAAUGUGCUCAUUGGGCAUUCCUACGGUGUCUCUUUCUGUACGUUCCUGGCGCACGAGUACCCAGACCUGGUGCAUAAGGUCAUCAUGAUCAACGGCGGGGGCCCCACGGCACUGGAGCCCAGCUUCUGCUCCAUCUUCAACAUGCCCACGUGUGUCCUGCACUGCCUGUCACCCUGCCUGGCUUGGAGCUUCCUCAAGGCCGGCUUCGCCCGCCAAGGGGCCAAAGAGAAGCAGCUACUGAAGGAGGGCAAUGCAUUCAACGUGUCGUCCUUCGUGCUGCGAGCCAUGAUGAGUGGCCAGUACUGGCCCGAGGGCGACGAGGUCUAUCAUGCGGAGCUCACUGUGCCGGUCCUGCUCGUCCAUGGCAUGCAUGACAAGUUUGUUCCGGUGGAAGAAGACCAGCGCAUGGCUGAGAUCCUGCUUCUGGCCUUCCUGAAGCUCAUCGAUGAAGGCAGCCACAUGGUGAUGCUGGAGUGUCCAGAGACGGUCAACACGUUGCUCCAUGAAUUUCUGCUCUGGGAGCCCGAGCCCCCGCCUAGUGCCCUGACUGUGCCUCCUGAGAAGAAGUAGCUGCUGGGCCAGCAGGGCCUUGAGGAAGAGCAGGAGCCGGCGCUGCUGGGUCUGCAGCCAGGAUAUCUGGGCAGGCCGUCAGCUCUGGUGGACGGGGUCGGCCUGGGGAGACGCCCCUCGGCUGGCUGGCUGGGCGUGGCAUUCCAGGGAGCCGGGUGGACACUCAGGCUCCGCUUGCAUCCUGUGGGGCCCAGCCAACCUGGGGCCCAUCCUGCCCGUAGCAGGGACUCUCGCAGAGGAUGACCUUGUACAGAAGCCCCCUGCCCAUCAAAGCCAAGGCCAUAGUCAUGGUUGAGGCGACACCCACCCCAUUGUCUUACAUGUUAGCCAUGCUUAAUCCAGAGACCCUGAAGGGGGGGGCGCCCCAUUACCCAAGACCCUCCACUCCCAUUUCCUGGCGUUGGUAGCUUUUGUCGUCUAAGGGGGCAGGGAUGGGGGGACUGGCACCACAGAAUCUGCACAUCUCAACCUGUAACUCAAUAAAAAGAAGUGACAAUCCAA